UUCGGGCGCGCCGACGUGCUUCUCUCGGCGUCUCCGCGAAUGAGUCACAGUCCACUGCGCGCCGCCGUUGGUUUCCCGAGUACUCUAGCAGACGACAGCACUCGGACAGGCCUUUCUGCGAGUGCAGACGUCGACGGGAUAUAUCCACAUAGGGCCCCAUCAGCCUCAUACAAAAGGGAAAGUUCUUUGUUCGCCGGAAUGGAUUUCUUGAGCAGCGACGCGGCAGCCAAAGACAGCGGUGAUGAUUCUCCCAAUGCGCAGAAGAAGCCUUUCAUUUCCGAAUCCGUGAAUGCCCUGAGCGAGGACCUCGCCCAGUUCGCCACCGGCAGCGCGCUGACAGAUGCGGCGCGGAGCGCCGCUGCGGCUUCUGCAGCAUCCCUUGGCAGCGGCGAUCCGUUCUCUACGACCAAAGAUAACCGCGAUCAGCUGGACCUCCUGUCAGAUUUCCAACCGAACACCGCGAGCAGCCCCAUCGCUCCAGCGGACAGCACCACGCCGUCAUACGUCGAGGACCUACUACACGACGCAUUGCCGGCUAACGCGCCGCUGUUGAAGCCCAGCGCUCCGCCAGCGCCCGACAAGGUCGCGCCGCCAGCGGCGGUGGCAGAGCCCGAUUUAGAACCUCGUCGCGAACCGAAAAAUCUGCCACCACCCAAACAGACGACGCCGGAGCCGUUGCCCGUCGCGGACGUUAAGCCUACGCUUCCGCCCGUCACGUCGUCUAAGCCUAAAGCCGCCGAAAUGCCGAGAGAAGCGACUUCGACCACGAGUUUCGCGAAGGAUAGGCCAUCGUGCUGCAUUUUUUCGCCGGGAUCCGGCUGGAGUCCAGCAUGUCUUCAUCCAUGCGUAGAGGAGCUGGUGUACUGGCGACAGCCCAAGAAGAGUGGCCUGGUGUUUGGGCUGGUGCUGGCUGUACUACUGUCGCUGACUUGCUUCUCCCUGAUAAGCGUGGUGGCUUAUCUUGCCCUGGGCUCCUUGAUGGUGGCCAUUGCCUUCCGUGUCUACCGCAACGUCCUCCAGGCUGUCCAAAAGUCCUCCGAGGGACAUCCCUUCAAGGAGUACCUGGAAAAGGACCUGUCGCUGCCUAAGGAGCGCGUGCACGAGACGGUUGACGUGGUCGUGAAGCAUGUUGACGCAACAGUGGCUCGCCUGCGCAGCCUCUUCCUGGUCGAGGACCUUGUCGACUCACUAAAGCUUGCCCUCCUGUUCUGGGUGCUGACCUACGUGGGAUCCUGGUUCAACGGAAUGACCCUCAUCAUUCUGGCCUACGUGUCUGCAUUCACGCUCCCCAAGGUCUACGAGAGCUACAAGACGGAGAUUGACCAGUACCUUGGCCUGGCCAGGACACAUGUGGGCAACGUGAUUGGCGCGAUCAAGUCCAAGAUCCCCAUGGGUGGCCAGCCAGCCCAGAGGCCCAAGGAAGAGUGAAGAGGCUGCCCCAGUCUCUUGUCCUCCAGACACAACCGAUUCCAAGAUGUUCCAAGAAAGCUGCUAGAGGACAGGACCUUCUCCUUUUUUUCCUUUUUUUUAUCUUUCCACCAUCACAGCAGUUGUUUUUUAAGCCAACAGUAGCUGCAUCUUGGACCUCUGAUUGUGUUAGGGGUAUACAAAAUGUGUCCCCUGCCUUUUUUUUUUCCCCUCUUGUUUUUAUUGUAACAAAAAAAGUGGGUACAGCCUCUAAGAAAAGUGUUUACAUAGUCCAGUUUCAUUUGCUUAACUUUUGUUGUCAAACUCUCUUAUCGUUGGUGUGGCUGUUUGAUGGUCGCAAAAGUGAGUUCUUUUCCUCUUAACUUUUUUUUUUAUCCGUUGUUUCUUGUUCUCACAUAUUUUUUUCUUCGAGAGAAGUUGCUUACUGCACUCUUAAUACUUCCCUUCACUCAUUUUUGUUCCCCCUCUCUUGCUGUAGGUGUGUCUGAAUUGUGGUUAUAUUACAGGCGUAUGAUGGCUCCAUUAUCGAUUUCUCUUGCCAGGCAUGUAGAGGACCCUCAUCAAUUGUAGCCAACAUCAAAUUUUUUUAGCAUGCGUCACACCCGACGUAUUUUAGAAGUUAAAAAGAAAGUUUAAAAAUUGUUCCGGAUCGUGAGAGCAUCUGGGAAUGGAAGUCGUCACGGCUGUUCUAUUCAAAUCUUGUAUGACAUACUUAAUGCAUAACACAUCUAGCUGACGUGGCUGAAAGGGAGCUUGUGCUCGAUGUUCUCUUUUGCAGAGUGCAUUUUUGUUGUUGCUGCUAAUGUGUGAAUGCUGCACAAGAUGUGUCCAGUUUUCUUGAGAUGCUGUGAAGUCUGUACCUGCCUAGCUGCACUUUGUGCAGCAACCUCUCCGCUCUUUCUCCUGGGGGGUUGAAUGAUGAAGGCUCGCCUCCAGUCUCAAAUUGCUGUUUCCUGUCAGCAGCAUUUGUAAAUGGCUGCCAUGUUAUCAAUGCAAACCGUUGCGCAAAGACAUGGAGAGGUUGCUUGCGUUGUCAACGGUUUCUUAAUCCUCCUCUUCAAAUCGUAACUGAUAUGCAUGCGUGUGUGCUGUUUCUUGGGCUUUUGCUAGCCUGGGAGGUCGUUCACCUUUGUUACACUUUUUGUUACUGCGUGUCUGUGGGUUGGCAGGGGUUGGGGGGGUUGCUGGUGGGUUCAAAGAAUAACGUGGCAAGUUUGCAGUGGCAGGCUGCCAUAAUCUGGCAUGACUGAUGAACCAGAUAUGCUGUGGUGUGCGUGUUGACGCUUUGCAACACCGUGUGUUGAUGUUGACGUUGCCAAGUGGACUUGCAUUGAAGAAUGGAUUGACAUCCUUGCUUUUGAGUGUUUUUUCAUAAAACAUGGCUUUUUCUAAACCACUGCAGUUAGCGAGACCUAUAUCUGGGCUGUUGUGACCCUCUUCACUCCGCCUGUUUGCAGCACAUAUUUAUUGCAUUGAGGACGUUGACCUGUGCACUUUUCUACAUUCGUGUUCAGGAGGUGUCGUUCCGUCGUCCAGUGUAGUAGUUUCGUUCUCCGUUGGAAACUACAAUAAAGCAUUCCCCUAGACCGCCCCCUCA